AGGAUGCCCAUAUUUGGUAUAUUGGCAUUCAAGUUGCGUUGGCACAAGACAGAUCGGUGCUUAGAAGUCGGUAGUUUCUUACCUGCCCGUCACAACUGACCCAGGAUCAUCAACAUGGCUGGCCUCACCGAAGAACAGAUUGGCGAAUACAGGGAAGCGUUCAGUUUGUUCGACAGGGUAGGAGACGGAAAGAUCGAAUGUGACCAAAUUGGCUGCCUUCUUCGAUCACUAGGCCUCAAUCCAACGGGAGCCGAGGUUAAAAAAAUCGAGAAAGAUGUAGAUCCGAAAGGAAUUGCAAGAGUUUCCUUUGAGGAGUUUCUCCCCAUCUACACAUCUGCCUACCAAAAGAAACAGACUGGAUCAGCAGAUGAGUUUGUGGAGGGACUGCGGGUGUUUGACAGAGACGGCACUGGUACAGUGUUAGCAGCAGAGCUGAGGAGUGUUCUUAUGUCCUUAGGUGAGAAGCUAUCAGAUGAGGAAGUAACAACACUGUUUGCUCCUGUCGAUGACAGCAGUGGUCAUAUAAAUUAUGAGGAACUUGUAAAAAUGGUGUUAUCUGGAUGAGUUGUGCAAGUCACAAGUGAACUAUAGAUCCCUUUUUCUCAUUCUGAUACAGUAUUUUAUCUUAUGAUAGUAAAAAAAUAUGCUGAACGAUACCAGAUACUGUCAGCAACUACCAUUUUUUAUAGAAAUGGCAUGUAACUAGAAAUAAUUGUCUUGUUUUAUUGUCAAUUUGUCUUAUGUUUGUAACAAAAAAAAACUGUAUUAGAUAAUUGUCAGUAUAUCUGACAACUGCUGUGCUGUGUUAUAAGACACAAACCAUACAUAUAUAAAGUCAUAUUUUUCUUUUCACAUUUUAA